CGCGCGGCCCGCCUCUCGGCCGGGAAGAUGGUGGCGAGCGUGCGGGUGCAGAAGCUGGUGCGGCGCUACAAGCUGGCGAUCGCCACGGCGCUGGCCAUACUGCUGUUGCAGGGCCUGGUGGUGUGGAGCUUCAGCGGCUUGGAAGAGGACGAGCCGGGCGAGAAAGGAAGACAGAAGAAGCCACGGCCGCUGGACCCUCGCGAGGGUUCCAAAGACACAGACAGCUCGGCAGGGCGGCGGGGCAGUGCAGGCCGAAGGCAUGGGCGCUGGCGGGGCCGCGCGGAGAGCCCAGGUGUGCCAGUGGCCAAGGUGGUGCGGGUGGUAACGAGCCGGCACAGAGCCAGCCGGCGGGUCCCCUCUGGCCCACCUCCGGAGGCCCCAGGCCGACAGAACUUGAGUGGAGCAGCUGCUGGAGAGGUGCUAGUGGGGGCAGCCGGCUUCCCACUACAUGGAGACACGGGGAGCGUGGAGGGAGCCCCCCAGCCCACGGACAACGGCUUCACCCCCAAAUGCGAGAUCAUGGGCAAGGACGCGCUGUCUGCACUGGCCCGGGCCAGCACCAAGCAGUGCCAGCAGGAGAUCGCCAACGUGGUGUGCCUGCACCAGGCUGGGAGCCUCAUGCCCAGGGCAGUGCCCCGGCACUGCCAGCUGGCUGGGAAGAUGAGCCUGGGCAUCCAGUGGGACGAGAUGCGGGCCCAGCAGCCUAUGGCUGGCCCCCCGGUACGGAUCGCCUACAUGCUGGUGGUUCACGGCCGCGCCGUCCGCCAGCUGAAGCGGCUCCUCAAGGCAGUGUACCACGAGCAGCACUUCUUUUAUAUCCAUGUGGACAAGCGCUCCAAUUACCUGCACCGCGAGGUGGUAGAGCUGGCCCGGCAGUAUGACAACAUGCGGGUGACACCCUGGCGCAUGGUCACCAUCUGGGGCGGGGCCAGCCUGCUUCGGAUGUACCUGCGGAGCAUGCGGGACCUGCUGGAGGUGCCUGGCUGGGCCUGGGACUUCUUCAUCAACCUCAGUGCCACCGACUACCCCACCAGGACCAAUGAGGAGCUGGUAACUUUCCUGUCUAAGAACCGGGACAAGAAUUUCCUCAAGUCUCAUGGCCGGGACAACUCUAGGUUCAUCAAGAAACAGGGCCUGGACCGGCUUUUCCAUGAGUGUGACUCCCAUAUGUGGCGCCUGGGUGAGCGGCAGAUCCCAGCAGGCAUUGUGGUGGAUGGUGGCUCUGACUGGUUCGUGCUGACCCGCAGCUUCGUGGAGUACGUGGUGUACACGGAUGACCCGCUUGUGGCCCAGCUACGCCAGUUCUACACAUACACACUGCUCCCAGCUGAGUCCUUCUUCCACACGGUGCUGGAGAACAGCCCGGCCUGCGAGAGUCUCGUGGACAACAAUCUGCGGGUCACCAACUGGAACCGCAAGCUGGGGUGCAAGUGCCAGUACAAGCACAUCGUGGACUGGUGCGGCUGCUCCCCCAAUGACUUCAAGCCCUCUGACUUCCUGAGGCUGCAGCAAGUGUCCAGACCCACCUUCUUCGCUCGGAAGUUUGAGUCUACCGUAAACCAGGAGGUACUGGAAAUCCUGGACUUCCACCUGUAUGGCAGCUACCCCCCAGGCACUCCGGCCCUCAAGGCCUACUGGGAGAACACCUACGAUGCGGCUGAUGGCCCCAGUGGGCUCAGUGAUGUCAUGCUCACUGCCUACACCGCCUUUGCCCGCCUUGGCCUGCACCAGGCUGCCACUGCUGCACUGCCAUUGGCCACCCCACUCUGCAGGUUUGAGCCCAGGGGCUUGCCGUCCAGCGUGCACCUGUAUUUCUAUGACGACCAUUUCCAGGGCUACCUGGUGACGCAGGCGGCGCAGCCCUCAGCCCAAGGGCCAGCAGAGACGCUCGAGAUGUGGCUGAUGCCCCAGGGGUCACUGAAGUUGUUGGGACGCAGUGACCAGGCCACCCGGCUCCAGAGUUUAGAGAUUGGCACCGAGUGGGAUCCCAAAGAGCGUCUUUUCCGGAACUUUGGGGGGUUGCUGGGGCCUCUGGAUGAGCCUGUAGCCAUCCAGCGCUGGGCCCGGGGCCCCAACCUCACAGCCACCGUGGUCUGGAUUGACCCAACCUAUGUGGUGGCCACGUCUUAUGACAUCACUGUAGACGCGGAGACCGAGGUCACGCAGUACAAGCCCCCGCUGAGCCGGCCCCUGCGGCCUGGGGCCUGGACUGUUCGACUGCUUCAGUUCUGGGAGCCUCUGGGUGAGACCCACUUUCUUGUGCUGCCCUUGACCUUCAACCGCAAACUACCUCUCAGGAAAGAUGAUGCCAGCUGGCUGCAUGCGGGGCCGCCCCACAAUGAGUACAUGGAGCAGAGUUUCCAGGGCCUGAGUGGCCUCCUGAACCUGCCUCAGCCAGAGCCCAUGGAAGAGGCUGCCCGACAGCACACAGCGCUCACGGGCCCCACCCUGGAGGCCUGGACCGAUGGCGAACUGAGCACCUUCUGGUCUGUGGCUGGGCUGUGUGCAGUGGGCCCCUCUGCCUGCCCCUCCCUGGAGCCCUGUAGACUGACCAGCUGGAGCUCUCUGUCCCCCGACCCCAAAUCGGAGCUGGGGCCCGUCAAAGCUGAUGGGCGACUCAGGUAGCAGGGCCCCAGCCAGUGUCCCCGAGGACCCGGGGAAUUGCACCUUAUAGACGAUGGAGGGAUGUCCUCUGCAACAGACAAGAACCAGGGCGCCCAGGCAGCACACUCAUUCCAGCCAUCGAGAACCCGCAGUAGUCAGCAGAGAAUGUGGACGUAGUAUUUACUGCUGCUGAUGGCUCUGCUAGGGAUUGCAGAAGGGCUCCAGCAUUUCACAACUGGCUCUUCCUCACCUUCCCCUCUAGUUUGUAUUUUUUUAUUUAAAAAGAAAAAUGGGUGGUAGGGGAGGAACUGUAAACAAAAGAUGUGCAAUAGGGCUUGGAGCAGCCCCAGGAAGUGCAUCAGGGCUCUGGGGAGCAGGUCCCUGCUGAGCCCAUAUGCUGUUGCUCUGGAUGAGGUUGGGCCUGCCUCACUUUCCAGGGUCUCUCUCCCCCAGCCUGGACCAGUGGUGCUCAUGGCCAAGGCCUGGUCUGCAGGGGUGCCAAGUGCCCCACCAGGUUGCAAGGCCAGGAAAAGAGGCAACGGGAGCAUUGCAGAGCUGGAUUCUGGCAGGAUAGCCUCUUCUGCAGCCAGUGGUCCCUAGAAGAGGGGGUGGGGCUGGUUCUAGGGCUUUCCAGCAUAGCCUGCCCUUCCUCCAGAAAGGCAGGACACCAGGGCCUGCUGAGACAGAUGUGGAGUCUCCCAGGUGUCCCAGAACUGCAAGCAGGGUCUGGGCUCCCACCCUGGAGGGGUGAGUCCUCACGAGAAGAACCUGGAGUAGCAUUGUGCCUGAAGCUCAGUGUGAACUCUGAAAUAUGCAACAGAAGAAAUAUAUCUCUAUCUCUCUAAGCUCAGCCUCUGUAUUUUCCCUCCCAGGUGUUGGGGAGCCUUUACUGUCAGGCUUUCUCCUAGAAGUCUUAGCCAAUACUUUGGCAGUUGUGGUGAGAUGGAGGUUUCAUUCCCCCAGGGUAUGAAUGCAGUUAGAAUCCAUCCUAGAGCCAGAGGGGACCCAGGAACCCAUUGAAUCAGCAUCCUCUUUUUCCAAGGGGUAAAUAAGCCCAGAGACGCUCACAGACUUGUAGUUGCCAUCCAGCAGGCCAAGGGAGAGCUGGGAUUGGAGCCCAGCAGUCCCUCCCCUGCCACUGGGCUGCGGCAAAUGUGGCUUCUUUCACUUAAGUGUCACCAGCGCUCACCCCGGCCCUCCUCACUCUUGGUUCUUUCCCAGCCCUGACUCACGGGGCAGCCUCAGGAACUGAGGUGGGCCCAGCCAGGGCCUGGUAGAGACCAUCAGGGCUUGUCCCCUUAGGGGCAGGAGCAGCAGUGCCUUGGGGUACUGGCCCUAGGAUCUGGGAGGGCUUGUGCUCGCGAGGGCUGUCCAUCCUCCCUUUGUCUCCUCCAGCUUUCCUCCCACGUCAAGCAGGGCUUGAUCUCAGUCCUGCACCAUAAUGUGGCUGGAGGAUGUAGAUCUCUGUGCUCUAAGAUCACCCUGUCAGACUGGUCCAAGUGCAGUGGAAGUUACAACUAAUUGAUUAUAGUCAGUUACAGAUUUCUUUUUUCAUUCUCCACUCCCACUGCUUCACUUGACUAGUCUUAAAAAAUUUAAUAAAAUAAAAAUUAAAAAAGAAAAUUCACCCUGUCAGCCCUGUUGGUCUGGGCAGCUCAGCUUGGGGGACAAAGGGCUCAAAUCUUGCCUGGGGCUGCCACAGGUCAAGUUCUCCUAGUCGCCAGGAGAGGGCGUCCCCGACCACCGGUAACAGCAAGAGGGUUUUGUUUUUGUUUUUUGACUGCUUGCCCUGUGCCAGCCACUGUGCACCGUAUCUCACUUGAAGCUCAUGACUCCAGCUGGCAGAACGGGACACAGCCUUAGAGCUCUAAGGUGCCUCAAGCGCAGAGACAGAGCGAUGCGGUGGUGGAAGAGGCUUCCGAACUAGUCAGGCGGACUCCAGAGCCAGGCUUUGUCACAUCAUCCCCCUGCCUUCCUAAGGGCCUGUCUGGGCAGGGGUCCAGGAGGGGGUUACAGGAAGAGCUCAAAUGAAAUGGUGUUUGAGUUCAGA